AUGAUCGGUAUGGCGUUAUUCUUCAUGUCCAGUCUCCUGGCGAGGGCUAUGUGCCACUCAACUGUCUUACCGCCGCCACCUGGUCCUACAAAUGUGCACAUGACGCAUUUCCCUGUCGUGGAUGCCCAUCGUGCUGACCCUCUCGCACCCUGCUGCAAUCAACCUCGGCGACUGAUGUUGACGCUUUUUCAACCAGCCGAGUGUUCACAGACUGAAGACUUCCUCUAUAUGCCUCCUGCGACCGCAGCUGUUGCUGAUGCCUAUUUUCGUGGGCUAGGCGUAUUCCCCAACGACAGUGAGACAUUUUCUCACCUCCACUUGCGAGCCUGCCCUCAAUCACCGGAGAAUGUCGACUUUCCUCUACUACUUUUCUCGCACGGUUAUGGGCUUUCACGCUUUGACUGGAGCAACCUACUCCAAUGGAUCGCUUCAGCAGGCUUCAACGUUGUUUCGAUCGAUCACACUUAUGAUGCCAAUAUCGUGGAAUUCCCCGAUGGUAGUGUCAUCAAGGGUCUAAACCUUACAACCCUGGAUCAAGUACUUCCCAUGGUACAAUUACUCCUCCAAAAUCGCGUGGCUGAUAUCUCCACUGUACUCGACUUUCUAUCAAACGCUACUAACACUGAAGGUCUUGGAAUACCUACUUUACAAACGGCGCGAAUUGGUGUCUUUGGGCAUUCGCUUGGUGGUGCGACAGCAGCGGACACCGCUCUAGUAGAUUCUAGAAUGGUGGCAGGUUUAGCUCUAGAUGGAGGGAUAUUUGCGAACGCCACACAACACCCAGUCCAACUGCCCUUCGUACUCAUUCAAAGAGAAGGCCAUAAUCAGAGUGCAGACGCAGCCCUAGGAGAGUUGUCCUCAAAUGUGACACAACUUUGGACCCAGCUCAAAGGAUCUAAGCUGCAGCUCGAGAUCUUCGGCACUGUGCACGACUCUUUCAGUGACCUACCUAUCGUGGCUGAUUCUAUAGGCUUGGAUGUGAAUACCCUACCCUACGCCAAAUAUUUCGUCGGAACAAUUGAUGGUCUUAGACUACUCAAUAUAGAGAGAAGCUAUAUCAAAGGCUUCUUUGAGGAAACAUUGGAAGCGAAGCAGGUCGAUCUUCUUCACGGACCGAGCUCGGAAUUUCCAGAGGUUCAUUAUGUGAACAUCUCCACAGCAGCUCAGGCAAAUGCGUGA